AUCAGCCCACUUUGAACCUCUGCCUGUGUACAGUACAAAGUCCAGGCCUGCCAGGAACCAGCUUAAAUGAAUUAGCCGGUCUCUUUCGAGCUUCCACCAUCCCAAGAACGAACAAUCUUGCAAAGGUUGAUCUCUCGGCCAUGUCUCUACUCCUUGAUUACGUGGAUGUGACUGACCCCAGCUUUGGGAUAGCUGUCCUCUGCAUCGCCUUUAACCCGCUUUUCUGGAAUCUGGUAGCGAGAUGGGAGUACAGGACCCGGUCGCUCACACGUCUCUUCCGUUCUCCGUACCUGGCCUGUUACUGCCUGGGAGCUCACAUCGUGUGCCUUAAUUUCCUGCGGAGCUACUGUUUCACAGAAGCCAUGAAGAGCCAGCCCAAACUGGAGGCCCUGGAUUCUCUCUUUGGGCACUACACCAGUGUAGCCCUGAUGUCCAUAGGCAUCGUGUUUGUCACUUCCAGCUCCCUGGCGCUGGGAUUCAUUGGAACAUUCUUGGGGGACUACUUCGGCAUCCUCAUGGAGGCAAAGGUGACGUCUUUUCCGUUCAACGUGUUGGACAAUCCCAUGUAUUGGGGCAGCACCAUGAUCUACCUGGGCUGGUCCAUCAUGCAUGCAAGCCCAGCUGGUCUCAUCCUGACGGCAGUGGUGGCGCUGUGCUACACAAUUGCUUUGCGGUACGAAGGGCCUUUCACAGAAGAAAUCUAUCGCCGGAAAGCAGCCAUGAGCAAAUAGGACACAGAAGC